CGAACAGCUGUUGGUCAGCGAAGGUCAAAGUUGACGUUCCUGUUAUUUACAAACGAAAAGUUAUUAAUUUAUUUUGUAAAUAGCACUCUAAUUUUAAUGGAAUUAUUCGUCUAAAGUAAUUAGGCGGGAUGGCAAACAAAAUGGACGAGUUUAAGCAGAAAAUAUUGGGCCUAAUCAAUAAACAGCCCCCAAAAAUACCCUCGAUGGGCUUCGAUGACUCGAACUAUCACUUCCCCCAAAUGUCCACCCUCUCUAUUAAUAGUAAAACGGCUCAGGACAGUGACCGUCCCGCAGACCAAGACAUAUUAGAGAGCAUUGAGGCAGCAUAUUUUUCCAUGAAUGACGAUUUUGACAUUUGCAGAUUUGAGUUAUCUAAGUUGCCUCAAGUCCUUGACUGUGACCAGAUCCAAAGAGACUUUAAAAACCUCAAGCAGCAACACUCGGUGGUGUCAAAGAAAGUGUUACAACUAAUUUUGGAGCAUCAAAACUCUUGUAAUGAGGAGUUUAAGACUAUCGAAGAGAUUUUAGGGCAAGUCCGAGACACUUUGGGACUGUGUAGGGAAAGUAGGAAACAGCUGAGCAUUUCGGGCAAACAGUUUUCAGCCAGUUUAGGGAUUUUAGCCAAUUAUAGAAAGAGGAAAUUGGCCGAGAGGCUGCUAGGGAAUUUAAUUACUAUUAAGAACUUGUAUAGUUUUGAUAAAAGGUGUCAAGACUUGUUGAACGAUGAGGACUAUGCAGGGGCCAUAAUGGAACUAAAGAGGUGCCAAAAAGUCGCUACUAAAUAUAGACACUUCAGUUGUGUGGCCGCAUUAAAUUAUAAGUUGCAAGAGACUUUGGAGAGCACUGACGGGCAGUUGGACAGGAUCUUAGCUCAGAUGUGUUACCACUUUGAUAAAGACCGUUACGGUAAGCUGCAAUCUGCUUACAAUUUACUAGAAAAAUCUCAAGUGGCGAUGAUAGAUAACAUACAUGUGCAUUACAUCACUGCCAUCUAUAAUUCCUCUUUUAAUAUUGUUAACUCUUUCGUAUCCACUGGAGAAGUAGCGGCUGAUAGCGGUAAGAACCCUUAUAAAACUUUAUGCCAGUCAGUGCCUCAGGAGUGUUUUAUUCCCUGUCUGGUGCAAUUGUGUAAAGUACUUUUUAAAAUUGUGCUCAGCUACCAUCAGCUGAUAAAAUGGUACAAUAAUCGUGAAGAGUCAGAUGAUGAUGAUGCUCUAGAUGUAGAAUUUGAUAUGAGCAAACAAAAACUCGACCAUAAUGUGGUUAAAAUAUGGGACGAUGUGCAAAGAAAAGUGUCCAGUUUACUAUUGAACGCUGAUUUGGCCACCUAUAAAUUCGAUCAGUUUUUGCAAGUUUUACGAAUUGUUCACAGGUUAAUUCAGGUUGGAGAGGAGUUUUGUAACAGUAAAUGUGAGGAUUUACAGGAGUCGAUAAGGAGGCAGAGCGUCUGUUAUUUUAGGAAUUACCACAGCCAGAGGCUGGACGAGUUGAGGAUUUUUAUGGAGAAUGAAAUGUGGGAAAUUUGCCCCGUUAAGUCCACUUUUAGUAUAUUGCAACUACAGGAAUUCAAGUCGGUAAGAACCGCCUUGAAAAAUUACAAAAACUCGACCCAAAUGAGCCCCACAUUACCGGCGUACACGGCGACCAGUACCGAUUGUUCCUCUUGUCACUCGCAAGAUGGCAGCAGCAUUACCGGUACUUUAUUGAUCAGAUACGCGGAGCGCGGUACCCCAUUCGAUGCCAAUUUGGACGAAACGAUUAUCGAGGAAGACAUUCUGGCCAUGGACAGUGCCUCCGGUUAUUUUUCAGAAGAUAGCGACGAGGAAUCCGAAGAGUUAAAGAGGGAGUUUGUGGACGAGGACAAGCGCGAAAGUCCUCAGAAAAGCCGACAAAACGACCAUAAAGUGCCCAUUUUAACCAACACCACCCUGUCGGUCUUAAGGCAGGUGGGGAACUACUUGCAAAUGUCCAGACUGCUCAAGCCGAUCUCUUAUCAAAUUAUUAACUGCAUGAACCAACUGUUUGAUUUUUAUUUGUACUCGGUUCAUCUGUUUUUCGCCUCGGAUUUGACCGUCUCGGGCAACAAUUUAUACUCGGAGGAGCUUUUGAUAACCCUCAGAAAAAUCGGCGACAAUUUAAUUUACGAACCGCCCCCCCAAGACCCGGACGUUUUAGUGCCGGAGGGUCGUGUACUUAAACCCGCCCUGUCCCCGAUGGUGGACGUGAAAAGGGCCGAAACGUUGCACGGUCUAGCCGAGCGGAUCGUCGCCGUCGAAAGUUUGGUGUUUUUGGCGAAGCAGUACGAGUUUUUGCAGGAGUAUUUGGAACAUUUGGUGCCGCAGACCAAUAAGAUUAUGUUGCAACAGUUUUAUUCGCAGAACAUUAUGGGGGCCUCCCACUUAAGAAAACCGGUUUAUAUGUCGGUUGUGGCCCAAGCUUUCGACCUGCGACAAACCCUUUUAUCCAUGUCGAAAAUCAACUGGGAAGUGAAAGAGGUUAUGUCUCAACAUAACCCUUAUAUCGAUAUGGUCUUAAGGGAGGUGCAAAUAUUUAGGUUAAGAUUGGAAAAGGAGUCCCACAAGGUACCCAUAUCCAGUGAAGUGUACAGGGUGUUGUGGGAGAGUAUUGCCCAUAUUGUGACACAUACUUUCGUCCAAGGCUUUUCGGAGGCUAAAAAAUGCUCUAACGGGGGCAGAGCCUUAAUGCAACUAGACUUCACUCAAUUCCUCACUAAAUUUGAGAAAAUCUCGUCAUUGAGGCCGGUACCUCAUAAGGAAUACGUGGAAAACUACGUUAAAGCUUUUUAUUUACCCGAUGUAGAGCUGGAAAAGUGGAUCCAAGAGCAUAAGGAAUAUUCUGCGAAACAUCUCUACGGCCUGGUUAGCUGCGCAUGUCAAAGUAACAAGAAAAUCAGACAAAAACUGUUACAAAUUAUUGAAGAAUCUGAGAAAAGCCCUUUUAGGUAGCGCUAAGUAGUUUAUUAGUUAUUAUAUUUUUUUUAUUUAUUAGCUCUCUUGCACAAAGUUUUUGGUCCUAUAUGUAUAUUUUGACUUUUAUUAUUGAAUGUUUUGUAUGAGAUAAGAAAACGUAAUUUUGUUUAAAUAAUAAAUAUUUGUUUUUA